UUAUAAAUGCAGACUGAUCCUCACACGCAUUAAUUAAAUUUUAACUUUCAGUUGCAUAUUGUCUAAUAUCAGCUUGCUUAUUUCCAAUCCUUUCAAAAGUGAUAUUUUGAGAUUCUUUUUCUUACCACACAAUUAAAUUAAAUCAGUUCUGCAAUGAGGAAUCUUGCACAAUUAAUUUUAGUUCUGCUACACGCAGGGAUCUCGAUUCAAACAUCGGCGUAUUUUCAAAACGAUGCAAACGUGCCAGGGGUUUCUUAUAUCUACAAGCCACAACCUGGAUUAGUGGAUGCUAGCCGCAAAGAGCCACGUCUUUGCCCGAGUAUUUCGGAUUCACCCAAGGGACAGGCUGCCAUUGGAUGCGCGCGCAUGUGUUUCCGAGAUCCUAAAUGUGCCAGCUUCCAUGAUAAGUCUGCGUAUUUUCAAAGGAGCUACAUAGCAGCGAGCGAAACCCCAGAAUGUCCUAGCGGUUGGACGCCUUUUGGACAGCAUUGUUAUCAGCUUCAGACCGAUCAAAUGAACAUGGCCGAUGCCGAAAAGCUGUGCAAAGCUAGGCACGGCGGCGCCAACGUUGUGGAGGACAACACGGAUAACGAACGUCAAUUUUUACGGGGAUUGAUGAGAAAUGGAACUGAAAACAUCUGGGUUAUACCUUACAGGUAUCCUUUUAACUGUCGAUAUCUUCGGAGAAUGGAUUCACGGGAAUUUUUCUGUUCUUGUUAUGAAAAUCGUUUCGUAAUGUGCGAGUUUGCCUCUCCAUUGAGCAAGGAAGAUUAGCUGCGAAUGAUUGUAAUGUGAACAUUAACGUUUCUGCGGAUGCACUUUAAUGCAAUAAAUCGAUUGUCAUUAUUUUUACUAUCUCAAAUUAAAAUCCAUGUUCAAUGUAUCGAAUAUCUUUUUGGAGAUUGCGAGUUGGAAAUACCUUUAUUUUGUUAAUUUUAAAAGCUUGUGACCGCUUACCAUCCAUAUUUCUACAUUUGUUGUUACAACGUAAGAAUACGAAUAUUUCCCACGUGAAAGGGUGUGGAAAAAAGGAACAAAAAACUCCAGUAUGCAGCCAAGAAUUAAUGUAAUAGAUUGGAGUUUAUAAUUGUACAUAUCUUUGUUGUCUUGUGUUUUAUUAUCUUUAUAUAAAUUUACGUUUAAAUUACAUCGAUGUUUGUUAAACAGUUUCCGCAUUGCAGUUUCAUUUUAAUGGAAUAAUUAGCUCUGUCUACAAACGUUUUUUUGGGUUGCCUUCAAAUGAUGUUCUUUUGUACGAUGAUUUGUAAUAUGUUUACUCUCUUAUAGUCAGUUGUUAUAUCUACGGUACGUUGUUUUUGGCAAUAAAAGAGUCAGUGAU